UAAAUAAACAUCCUAUAUCUCAGGCCAUGAGUAACACCCUCUCAGCAAAGUCCCUCCCAGAAUGUUUGUGAACUUCUGAAAUAUUUCACAUUCAAGAAACAAAGAAUGAGAAAAGAAUUCAAAGUUAUGAACCAAAACUUCAGGUAGACAGCAAAGAGGAAUGGGUGACAAUAGUUCUUGCAGCUUCAGCUUCUUCCACAGGGUUACUAUUCUCACUUCAUUGUUUUCCUUGGAAUCUUCAAAGGGGUGACUUCUCAAGGUGUGUGUUAGCUGUUUUCAUAGAAUGCUGGGAACAGAAAUAGAGGCCUGUGCCUACUCAGAGGUGGAGCCAGUACGUCAUAAGCUGAAGAGAUGCCUGGACAGCAGUCAUAAGGUCAUACAAGAAGCAAAUGGCAUCUUAUGCGGUAUCAGUCAUCCAUCUGUGUGUUCCGAAGUCUUGCUGUCAUCUCAAGGAAGUGCUUACAUUGCAGGAGUGACAGAAGUUUACAGAGUAGCCAAAAGAAUAGAAAGUGGUAUGAAAAGCUUGAACUUGGAGGAUGAAACUCUCAAAGAUAUUUUACGAAACAUUGAGUUCGGAUGGCAUAAUCUGCAGGCGUUUCUGUCAUUCAGCCCAUCUGUUUUACAAAAACUGCCUUCUGCCUUCAACCUUGACUAUUUGCUUAAUGACUUGGAACACAGUUUAGCAGAUUCCCAAAAUGGAAACUGUGGAGUGUGUCUGCUGAAGAUACCUCCAAGUACAGAAGCUACUUAUGAAACUGUGGUAGGUUACCAUGGCUGCCUGUAUCACACAACCUGUGCCAAUUUUUGGCUGAACUGUGUGGAAAAUCAUUUGCCUGAACCUUCAUCUCUCCUCCAAGAAAACACUUCUGAUGUAAAGGAAUCAGAGCCUCUGGAGCCUCCAGUAUGAACAAGGCAUGCAGUACUUUCUGUCCUUUGGUUUUAUAAGUCAUUUGUGUAUGAUCUCUCCUUGACAGACUUGAAACAGAAAUGUUCCUCAUUCUGAUGUACCUGUGAACUUUGCAUCCUGCUGAUCUCUGCAGUUAUGCACCUCUGUGAAAUAAACUCUAGUAACAGAUAUGGAAAUAGUUAUUUGGAUACCCAAAUCCAUAUGUGGAUGCAUUUUCGUCUUUUUUUAUGCUACAGACAGACAUUUGAGUCUAAGGAAAAUCAGAUGGAAAGAAACAGGAGAAACUGUUGAGACAAACCUCUCUUUCUCUCUUAGAGUUGUAAAUAAUUUUCAGAAUGUAGAAGCAUGUAACCACUGUACUUCAGCAGAGUUGCAUAAAAAACUGUCAUUGGCAUCAAAAAUGCUUUGAAAAAAUCUGUAUGCUGGAUCAAACUUACUGUAACCUUGUUAAUAGACAGCACAAGCAUUGUGUUAGGGCCGUUCUUGAAUUCAAAAAGUUUACACAAAGUGUACAUACUUAGUGGUAAUCUUUAUGAAUCCAGCCUUUUUUUUCUUAAGUUUAAUGUGGUGUUACUGAUAGCUGUCAGGCUGUCAAUGUCUGCCUGAAAGCUUACGUCUGUAUUUUUUGUUUCUGUCAUUGCUGAAGAUGCUCAAACUGUUCAGGAAUUUACUCCUUACAUAACCUCAGGGUAAAAGAACCAUGCUGAAAUGUAGGUGUAAUCUAUAAGGAAAAAAAAAAAAACAGGCUGAAAUCUAUAAGGAAUGUUUUUUUUCUGUGUGCUAGAAAGUUCCUUUACUUGGGACAGUCCCCUCUUACUGUCAUUCUGACAGCUGUCUCAGUGCCCUAACUCCUAUGCUGGGUCUACUGACACUCCAAUUCACCCCCUAGUUUAAAGCCCUAAAUUACGUCGGGGCCAGCUAGGAACCAAAGGCCAUCCUAGGGAUGGGGUCCACUGUCCAUCUUCUAGCUGUAGGGGUGUUCAUAUAUGGCCUACCUACUUCCCCCUGCACUUGUUGACACAUGUCCCUUGUUUGGAGUAUGCAUCCCCUGGAUGAGAUAAUGAGGUUUCCAUGGGAAAUUGCUUAAGUAACAAAACUUUAUCAUCCCAAUUUAUUUAUCUGAUGUUCCCCAGACUCUUAAUUUAAUGUGCCAAGGGGCCAUAUUUCAGAAUUUUUGUCAUCCACGUGGAGGAAUGUGCACCAAUGCAUACAGCAGUGCUCUUCCCUGUCCAGAGGUACAGUAACAUUGCAAGCACAGUUUGAACUGCACCAUUGUAAGUGAGCUAUGUAUAUCUGUGAUAGGGUGCAGCCUACUCAGUUAUGGCUCCAAGUUACAGCUUAUUAUACAUGUGGGCAUCAAAGCAAACCAGCCUUUAGCAGCAGUCAAGUAAUUCCUGUCCCCCAGCAGGUGUUAAAUCAGCCACAAAACAUGUGGCAUGUACAUAAUCCAGGCAAUGCCUAAAUCAAUUCAGCUUCUAGAGCCCAAGAACAUGCAUCCUACAACCUACUGCUUUCCUACCUAACCGUCAUUACUCUGCUCAUAGGUAUACACUAAUGAUGUUUACCUUGGUUUCUACUGGUUUACUCCCAGUUGACCCCCUGACUUACCCUGGUAUGAGACCAAGGGAAAGGAGUGGCAUAAGUCUUCUCCUGUCUGCUAGGGCUUGCCACCAGCUGACCGUUCCAAAUAAGUGUUCAUAUUACACAGGCACAUCACAUACCCAUUCAGAGCUGCCAGCUGGCUGUUGACCAUGGCAGUGAGAGAUGAGCUGUGAUGGUAUUACACCACUCCUUGUCAUCAUGUAGCAGGCUACACUUGGAAGAAAUUUUUGAACUUCUGUUUGUUCCCGGAGAAGAGAAGUCACUAGAAUUCAGAAAAGCUUUUUUUUUUUUUAAAUAUGGUACUCUGGGCAUUUGCUGUGAAGGCUCUAUAGACACCCUGGAGAACAGUGAUUACUGUUGGUAUGAUAAGACAACAGAAAGCAUGAAUAAGUUCCAUGUCAUGAUCUUUAGGCUGGAGUAACUCAUCAGGAAAGCAGAAUCUCUCCGUAUCCUGUAAGAGUAUACUUGUCUUUACAAGAGACAUCCUUGUACUCCUGUAUACUAGUCACUGUUUUCAAAUUCUAAUUUCUGAAGUCUUGGUAAAGGUACAUAAAUAAAACUUGAGCAUCUACAAGCAGACAUGAUUUCCUAAGCUUGACAGUGAAAUGGUCAGCAUGGGGUGUCUACAGCUUGAGUUAUUACAGAACAUUUGCAAAAUGUUAUGGAAAAAUGGGGUGUAUUUCCAUGUUUACAUCAACAAUGCAAAAAUAGUGUGUGAUACAGUCAUGAUAGGGGUGGUGUAUUCAAAAGGUGUGUGAUAGUAAAAUGAUGUUAAAAUAUGGUUGGUAAUGUGAACACAUUCUUAUAUGUACAUGUUCUUUUGGUAAAGCAGUUAUGACUGUUGCCUAUAUUUUUAUAACUGCAUUAAUUUAAUAAAAGCUGUGUGAACUGUAGGUUAA